AUGCAUUCAACUGCCCCCAAGUCCGAGGCGAGCCCGCGUUGGAAGCCAGCCAUUGCGACUGUCAGUCUGGGAGUCGCCCAUUUACACCCCAUUGCAGCUAAACUUGAUGCUGCCGCCCACAACGGCCAAGGGGGACUUGAACUUUUCCACGAUGAUGUAGCGCAGCUGGCCAAAGUACUCCGCGAUCAAGCAACUGACUGUGUGCCCCGCACCGAUCGAGAUUAUGAGAUUGACGCAGCGCAUACCAUCCGAGAUCUGUGUGCCGAGCGCGGUCUCUCUGUUCUAGCCCUCCAACCUUUCCGACACUACGAAGGUCUUAUCGACCGAGAACGCCAUUCAGAGCGGAUCGAUGAACUCAAGCAUUGGGUGCAAUUGUCCAAAAUUCUUGGUGAUUCACUCUUUAUCCUCAUUCCAUCAUCCUUUCUCGAAGCGUCCGAGAUCACCGGCGACCGAGAACUCCUGGCCGCUGAUCUCGCUGAGGCCGCGGAUGUAGCAUUCCCUGUGCGGAUAGCGUACGAGGCCUUGGCUUGGGGAACAUACGUCAACACGUGGGAGGACUCCUGGGAUGUGAUCAAACGGGCUAACCGGCCCAAUUUGGGUAUCUGUUUGGAUACCUUCAACAUAGCAGCCCGUUUGUGGGCCAACCCUACGGACCCGACGGGACGGUUACCUGCGAAUGCAGAUCAAGAUCUGCGGGAAUCGUUGGAUCGGCUUGUGCAGGAAAUCGAUCCGGCCCGAGUCAUGAUGGUCCAGCUUGCCGAUGGCGAACGAGUCGACCCACAAACACCCUUUCUUCAUGCACCGGGCCUCCCUACGCUACUAGCUUGGUCGCGGAAUGCUCGCCUGUUUCCGUGCGAGGAGGAACGGGGCGGAUACCUUCCGAUUCGAGAGGUGACGGAUGCCUGCAUCAACGGCCUGGGCUACACCGGCUGGGUCAGUAUGGAGGUAUUCUCACGCACUACCGGGGAAGAUGACCCGGCUGUGCCGAUUCAACAUGCCGCCCGCGCUCGUCGAUCAUGGGGAAGGGUUCUGGAAUUGCUCGAAGCAAAGCCGGAGAAGGAAUCCAUAUAG